UUGCAGUUAGGUAGCUGUCACAAGGAGCUUUUGAACGGUUGUUUACAAAGACUGAUGAUUUUUUAAAAAGUAAAAAACUGCCUCUGCCACUUUUACUGCCGGCAUCAGAUGCCUCUCUGUCACAGAUUUUGUACCCAAUUUUAUGAUGAUCCCUUUUUUUGAGUACCCAAAUAUUAGUUGGUUACCCUUUGUCUUGUACUUAACAUAAAACAGUGCCUUUUAGCUUUAAAAAUUAUUCCUUUCUUUUUAUAUUUUUACCAUUUUUUUCUAGAAUCUUGUGAUUGGUUUAUUUAUAGUGAGACAGUCUAUGAUUUUCAGUAAUUUCUUGGUUGUUUUUCAGUGGUUACAAAGACAAUGAGAGGUUUUGAUAGAGCAGUGGAAUGGCUUAGACCAUUUGUUGAUAGUAAAGGCUGGGAUUUUUGUGUUGUUUGGAAAUUGGGUGACGAUCCAUCGAGGUUUAUUGAAUGGAAAGAUUGUUGUUGUAGUGCUUGUUUUAAUGUCAAGGUGGAAAAAGAUGAGUCGCAGAAGCCAUUUUGCAGGGAUGGUCAUUCCCAACAUUCCAUAAGAUCAAAGGCUUGUGAAGCUCUUUCACAUUUUCCUUUUGCCAUUUCUCUCUAUGCUGGGAUGCAUGGAGAGGUAGCUAUGUCAAAUCAGCCAAGUUGGGUUAACCAUGGCAAUCCCUCUGGUUCACAGUCUUCAAAUGUGGAAAUGACAGGAACCCGAGUUCUGAUACCAGUUUUCAGUGGUCUUAUCGAGCUCGUCGCUUCGAAACAUGCAAGAUUCUUUGACCUGCUUAACUUACCAUUACUUCGCAAUGGAAUUGAGAUAGUCAUAUGAAACCAUUAGUCUUCUCCUACUGAUAAACAUGUAAUUUGUCCUUUUGAUUCAGAUGCC